UAUGGCAACCCUGGGCGGCCGAGGCGUCAGUGUUGUGUUGACGCAGCGGCGGCGUAGGAGCGAAGGACGGCUCCCAUGACGCUACUCCUGCCGCCCGCCACGCCGUGAGGGAGUGAGGGAGGCAGCCGACAUGGCCAACCUGUUCGGGAUAAUAGUGUCAGGGAGGCUGGUACAGACCAACUUCCAGCAGUGUGGAGAGACGCAGUUUGUCACAGUGAUCCCCGAGGCUGAUAACAUCAACCACGUCGUCGUGUUCCUCACAGGCACACAGCCCUUCCCCGACGGCCUUGGGGGCUCAGUGUACUUCAGCUGGCCAGACCCCAACAAGCCCCCAACAUGGCACCUUCUUGGGAACAUCACCAAUGAGAAGCCAUCAGCCAUUUUCAAGAUCUCUGGCCUCAAGCAGACCAAUGGAGCCAACCUUCAGGCUGGCUUCACCUUUGGGGAGCAGAAGAUGUCCCACAAUGCCCAAAUUGGGCUUUCGGUGGAGCCCUUGUCCCAGAUCCAGGGGCAGGUUGCUAAUCCAUCCACUGAACCUUCCACUCUCAACUCCUAUGUAGAGUUCAGUCAGGCCAUGUGUGAAAACUUGUACAACUAUGCCUCCAGCUUCGCUCAGAGCCCGGCACAGAUCACCCCCAACCCUUCGGACCAGUACCUCCCCCUCUCUGUGCUCUCCAAGUGGUACGAGAAUUUCAGUCGUAGGUUACAGCAGAACCCAAAUUUCUGGCGGAAGUAGUGGUUAUGAAUAUCUUGCUCUCACUCACAGACUAAGGUAAAUGAAGGGUAUCCAAGGCAGUUUCUGGAGAAUUUGGAAGCAAAUUAAUGUUUUCCCUUUAUUUUUAGAGAAUGGCAUGGUAAACUUUGAAGUCAGUGUAACUUUCCAAGGAUGUGGAAAUUACAUUUCAGGCUCUAUUAUAAACUCUGUAGGGAUGGGAUUUGAACAUGGGUUCAAAGAAAGGUUAAGUAAAGGAGAAUGUGAUAAAGUAAAAACACAUCUGAGGAUUGGCUUCUUGGUGAAUACAUCAACAAGGUAAGUAAAUAAUAAUGGACAGAGUAUUCACAAGCCUCUUACAUGAAGUGAUGAAAGAAUGUUGGGUCGAGCAGCAUGCCAUAACAAACAGUGUUCAGAGUUCAUUUAGAUGUAGGAUAUAUAAGCUAAUAUUGAUGUAGGCUGUGCAUCUUGAGACUAUGAAUAAGGAACACAAAAAAAUGUCUUACUUGAUUGGGAUAAGCUAUACAGUUAUGUGGGUCAAUAAAUAUAAUGACACAACACUCAUACAGAAUUAGUUCAUUAGCUGAUUAUUUUUAUAACAACCUGCUGAGUAUUAUGUUGCAGGAUUUUUAUAAGUGAAGGAACCUGUUCCAUAGGUCUUGCUCACAUGGUCUCAUUCUCUCUGUGGCUGUCGUGUUGUAGAUGAGUAGUAUUUCAUUGCUGUGGUUACUUGGUUUUUAUUUGUUUGCAGUAUUCUUAUUGCAGUUUGCAGUAUUCUUAUUGCCUUGAUUGUGUAAUAUAAUCCCACAUAAGUGAGCGCUACUUGUGAUCACACACAUUUGGUGCUUCUGUUAGUCUACCCGUUGAAGAAUUGAUGAUGGUGCUUCACAGAUUAGGUUAUUGUAUUUAGUAUAUUGAAUGACAUGUUGUCUGAAAACAGGGCCACUUGUAGUUGAUCUUUAUAAAGUUUUAUGAGAAAGAAG